UAUUGUGCGAAAGUGUGAUCAGUGAAUAUCUUUUCAAAUAUGAAAUAUUUCGUACUUGCUCUAUUCAUCAGUUCAGUGGCGUCAAGUCCUUACGAUGUGCCUAAAAAUAGUGGACGUGAAACUUUUAACCACGAAUUGAACUCUCAAAGAAAUGAUGAAGGCUAUUUACCUCAUGAUGAACCUUCGUACAUGUCUCCUAUUCCAACUAAAAGAGAUCGUAGACCGAUUGAAUAUAUUAUAAGAGAUACAAGAAGCUUAACUGAACCAAGCCACUUAGAAAAUGACAGCAUUCUGACCAAGUAUACCAAUGAAAAGAAAACAGAUGAUAGUAAAACAAAUAUACCUGUUCGUAAUUACAGAGCAGCAUCUUCUAGAAUUGAGUUCGGUAAAGUAAAAGAAAUUCCUGUUAAUGUCGCAAUUUCUACAAGAAGUUAUUCUAAUCCUUCUGUUGCUCGUGAAAACGAUUCAUUGACUGGUGGUCUGCUUCGAAAUAAGCCAGUUGUAAAUAAUAUUAUUUCGUCCAGUGGAUUACUACAUAAUAGAGAAAUCAAAUUAGAAAACAGAAGACUAGACCCAUUAAACAAUUUUGCAAUAAAUAGUAAACAACCAGCAUUAAGGAUUCGGGGAAGCCCAGAAAAUAGAAUUACGUUUCAAGAAUCACCAGUUCCUGGCUUAACCAAUUUUCAGUCGUAUCGUCCAGCAACACCUGUAAAUGAUUUUAAUUUAGACAGAGAAUGGACCAAAAUUUCGAAUGAACCAGGAAACCUACCUGAAUGGAUUGUGGAGCGUUUGAAACGCCCAUUAGAUAUUCAAAACGUUCGUCAACCUGCCAUUUCGUAUGGUAAAGUACCGGAGAAUCGUAUUCAAAAAAUAAUAACUGAUCCACGGAUACAAAAUGUAUUGGCAUCAACGAAACAAAUAAAACGUUAUAUGGUUAUUCACCCUGAUGGUACGGUGGAACAUUUUGAUGAAUUGGAACACAUUUCUGCAAAGCAUCCAGAUUUUGUGUUAGUUAAAGCAGCGAAGUUUCGUAACAAUGAAGAGAUCAAAGUUGAAAGUACACCUUUUAAAAACAGAACUGUUUCUCUAAACUCAAAUUCAUCAGAAUCGACUCACGAACGUCUAACAGGUAUUGAAGAAUCAUCUAUAAAAUUAGAUUCUGUGCACAUACUACCUUCUACUGUUUAUGAAGAAGUGGCAUCAACUUUUCCAUCAUCUAUCACUCCAGAGCCUGUAUUUACUUCAACGCUUGAAAUAGACACUGAAGAAGAAGGCAUAACAACAAUAAAAAGUGAUGAAAAGAAACCAUUAAAAGAUCAGGAUAAAGUUGAAAUAGAAGUAGAAAAUGUGAGUAAUAGUGAUAAUACAUCUAAUAUUAUUUCCGAAAAUAAUGAAGCUGUUGCAAAAAUAGACGAAAGUACACCAAACGCAUUAAUUACCCAUGAUUUAACGACAACAUCCGAUAACACUAAUCAACAAGGAAUUCAUUCGUUUGAAGAAUCCACAAAAGAGAUUGCAGAGACAACUGUUGCCAAAAGAACAAUAGAAAAUAUUGUAAACGGUAGUAAUUCAUCAGUACAGUCCACCCAGAAUGAUGAACGUACAGAAACUUCUGAAAGUAAAGAAUCAGCUAGUUCAGGAAACCCUGUUCUGUUGGAGACAUUAGACCCAGAAUUCUGGCAAAAAGUUACCAACGGUACAGAUACUAACAGCGUCAUAUUCUACCUCGUCAAUCACCAGAAAGAUGAUUUUAAUUCUACAGUACAGUCCACACUAAACGACUAUAACACUGAAGUCUCUAAAGCAAGCGCUAAAGAAACGAAACGUUCCGGUAAACCAGCUAUAUUCGACACAUCAGAUCCAGAAUUCUGGCAGAAAGUGACCGACAGCACAGACGGUAGCAGCAUCAUCUUCUUCCUCGUCAAAUCUGGGCCCAGUGUGGAGAAGAACGUAACAAAUACGAUGGAACAAUAUAGGUCCAGAAACCAGACGGAACAGUUCUAGAAGAAGUGACCGAAACUCUCUGGGAAGUGGACGAUGCCGAACCAAAAAUCAUAAAAUCAUCUAAAAUUAUUCAUCUAGACGAUUCAUGAUACUAUACUUAUAGUUUUAUAUAUUACUUAAAUUAAAUACGUACUUAUCUAGGAAUAUAGUUUUUAAGUUCUUUAGGACCGUCUACAUAGUAUAACGUAAAAAUUGUAUUUGCUUUAUGCUGACAAUGAUAAAAUAAGUACAAAAGAGUUCUUAAGUACAAAAGUAAUUUUUUAUAUUUGUAAUUAUUCUGUGUUUCAUUUUGCACACUGCCUGAAUUUGUUUGUACGUUCGUUCGUUCGUACGUUUGUUCGUUCGUUUGUUAGCUCUUCACGCAUUACUUUUUAUUCCCGAAAUUGGCGCAGCUUGUAGGUGUUAUAUAAUUUUAAAUUUGACGUGAAAAUAAUAUUGAAAAUAAAAAAUGAUACACAAUA